AUCCGUACAAACCGUUACACCAGGUAUCGAAAUUCUUCAAACAUGCUCCCUAGUGUAUCAUCAGCCGGCAAAGCGACUGACACCACCCCCGGAAGACCAGCGACUUGGAGCUCCUUGCUCAUUCCCAAUGACUCGACAACGUCUAGUCAUAUCACAUAGGCCUACGUGUUUUAGCGAUCCGUAGUUUUGGCCCCGGAGAGUUCGGCCUUCUGGACCUGCGCAUGCUUCUGUCGCGGGCCGGAAGCCCCGUAGGCUCAGCUGCACCACACCACCAUGCUGUACGAUCUAAACAUUGCCUGGUCGCCAGGCACGCCCGCUGCCGAGCUUGAGCGCACCCUCAGGUUCGCCAAAACACUCGGAUAUGACGUCGUCGCCCUGAACCACAUAAUCUCGGGCCCAAUCCCGACCCUGCCGAACCCGAUCACCAACCCGAUCCCGCAACUGACCCCUCCGCACCCGUCCUACCCAGGCGGCUCAACAACAACAAGAACAACAACAGCUCCUCCCAAGACCCAAUCAGGCACAACGACGAACCUCUCCACCACCGCCGCCUCGGCGCUGCCCGCAACGUCCCGGUCCCGAUCCGCCCCCGCGCUGCCCACCACGCUCCGGCGCGCCACGCUCGUCAUCACCGACCCGGCCACGACCAACUACCGCCUGCCCGACUUCGCGCGCGCCUACGACCUGCUGGCCCUGCGCCCGACCAGCGACAAGUCCUUCUCCUGGGCCUGCCUGGCCACGGCGGACCCGCCCGCGCUCGUCUCGCUCGACCUGGCCGCGCACCUGGGCUGGCACAUCCACCACCGCACCGCCAUGGCGGCCGUGCAGCGCGGCGUGCGCUUCGAGAUCUGCUACGCCCAGGCGCUGGGCGGCGGCGGCGGCGGGGUGGAUGCGGCGCGGCAGAGGGCCAACUUCAUCGGCAAUGUGCAGGCGCUGGUCCGGGCGACCAAGGGCCGGGGGAUCGUGCUCAGCAGCGAGGCGCGCGGGGCGCUGGGCUUGCGGGGCCCCGCGGAUGUGGUGAAUCUGAUGGCCGUGUGGGGGCUGGGGCCGGAGAAGGGGUUCGCUGCGCUGGGUGAGGGGCCGAGGGCGGUCGUGGUGAAUGAGGGGAUUAGGAGGCGCGGGUUUAGGGGGGUCGUGGAUAUCGUUCGGCCAGCCGAGGGCGGGGACGUCGAGGCGAGGAAGGGAGCCGGUCAGGGCGAUGAGGAGGGUGGAAACAAGGGGAAGAAGCAGAAGAAACAGCAACAACAGCUAGAGCAAGGAUGCAAAAGGAAAAACGGGGACGGCGGCGAUGGCGGCGGCCAGCAAGGGGAGAUGAGCAAGCGGCAGGCGAAAAAGAUGAGAAAGGAAGCCGCACAAAGGAGGCCUGAAGGGGCCUAGUUCACGACCGUUCCCUUCCGCUGUAGAUAUACCAGCCAGUCGGCUGCCCCUACGAUACCCCCUUGCAGAUAUAACCUGCGGGCAAGCAAAUUAGAGGCGUUCCCAAAGGCGGAGGCUUGCUCUCAUUCAUCUCGGUUCCGCCUGGAUAGGACGGCACCUUAAAAAUGCUAUGUAUACAUGAACCAAAAA